GAGCAUCUGAUAGAGAGCGAGAAAGUACACAAAACACAUACCUUCAAUAGCAAGGGAGUGCAUGCUUUCUGUUAGAAUUACAGUGAGGAUUUUAUGAAUCUUAAUGCAAAAGGGUGAGGAGGAGAGAGCAGAAGCACAUGACAAAAGGGAGGGUAGAGAUUACAUGAGAAACACAGGGAGGGAAAGAGAGAGUGAAACAGGGUGAUUGAGAACUAGCAUCUCCUAACAGGAUUUCAUCUACAGCCAACUCCACACUCUCUCCGCACAACUUCUCAUAACGUAACUGCCCAUUCUCGAUAUAGCAGCAAUUCUACCAAGCUGAGAAACCACAGAAAUAGAGGCAAAGGGACUGCAGAGAGAGAGAGAGAGAGAGAGAGAGAGAGAGAGACAGAGACAGGUGCUGCAGGAGGGGAGAGCAGGAAGGAGGAGGAGGAGAUUUCUCCUCGAGCAGAACGGAGAAGAGAGAAGCCGCAGUUACAGUUACACAGAGGAAUUCCUAAACAGCUGUCCGGCAGACCUCCUGCCUGUGAGGAACGGACACCCAGGGCUAAGAGACAGAAAGACAGGGAGAGUGAGAGACAGAGAGGAAGAGAAAACCAUUAUAGACUACGCUACACAGAAGUCAUUUGGGACAGUAACAUUUCAAAGACAAGCCAUUACUUCUGCAGGAAGAACUGAGAGGUUCAUCGUAAGAAGAUAAAUACACAGGUAAAAGACAUCCCAUCUGGCUUAUUUGGACCAAAUCAGCCCAACACUGAGGUCUGAGGACACUGUCACUGUAUAUCUACAAUCAUCAAGUGUCUGAGAAUGUAACUCCACUCAUUUUCUUGGGAGAACUCGGAUCAGCAUCAGUUCUGCAUCAUAGGAUCAUAGGGUUCAAAGACAUCUUCCUUUCUUCUUUCUCUUCUCUCACGGAUUUUACUGUUCUGAGAUGCCGGCCAAAACUCCCAUCUACCUAAAAUCCAACUACAGCAAGAAAGGGAAGAAGUGUCGCCUAAGAGACAUUCUAUCCCCAGACAUGAUCAGUCCUCCACUAGGAGACUUCCGCCAUACUGUCCACAUUGGGAAAGGGGGUUUGUGUGACACCUUUGGUGACAUGACCUUCCUUCAGGGCAAGUUUGAGCUGCUUCCUGGUAAGAGUGGCCUCGUUCGACCACAAUAUGGUGCCCACGGCGAGUUCAUGCGAGCUAACAGUGCAUCUGACGCCUCCUACAUUGAAACUCCAUCACCAAUACUGAAGAAUGCUAUUUCCCUCCCUACCAUUGGGGGGAGUCAAGCACUGACCCUGCCUCAUAUCACUACCACUAUGUUACCCACGACCCGGGAUCCACUGGACGACCUGGGUGGGCCACCCACUCCACCUGUUAACUCAGAUGGAACAGAUGAUCUGGAGAUCCUUCAAAUGGAGAACCUUCUUCAGUCCAUAACUAUCUUCAGACGUGAUCCCAGUCCUGUUCUAGAGGAGCUUAGUGAGAAAUCCUUAUUACCUAUCAAUUUUGUGGAGAAAUCACUGGAAAAGAAUACCCCCAAGUACACCCCUGAGAAUGAGGUUGCUAAGAAGCCAGUAAUGUCUAUCUUCAUCAGUGGCAAUCACAAUGAAAAUGGCAACAGCAAUAGGAGUACCAAAUGGAAAGACAACAGCAUCAGCAAUAAUGGCUAUCAUGACAUGAGCAGUGACAUCUUUCAGUACGAAAAAGAGCUGGCCAGCAUGAAUGGAGAUUGGGAAAAUAGAGAUAGUGGUGUAGAGGAAGGGCGCAUUUGUGACUUUGACUUUGAGCUCACUCAAAGCAAGAAUCUCUCUCAGGAGUCUGUGAACCACAACACUGGGUCAUUGCUGUCUCUUGAACUGGACUUGGGCCCUUCUAUCUUGGAUGACAUACUCAAUAUCAUGGGUAAGCCUGAGUCUUGAACUGUGUCUCUGGCAGAAGCAGGAAGAGAACAGAAAGACUUGCCAGUCAAAUCAAACACAUAAGGUUUAUGGGUAUUCUACAUUGGAAAUUAACUAAAAAGCCAGAACUGCUCCAGUGAUAUUUCUCUCAGUAUAUUUCUAUCCUCAACAUCAACUUUCUGUGCUUAACCAGUGUUGUUUCUCUUGUAGGUCAUAAGAGAUGCAUGCUUUAUCAAAUUUAGAGAAGCUACACAGAUAUAGUGUGCCUUUUGAUGUCACCAUUAGGUUAAAUCAAGAACUAAAACUGUUUGGUGUGCUCAUCAGUUCCAUCACAGGUGUAAAUAAAAGCAGUAAAUUUUACUGUAUUCUGUUGAUCACUAAUGCACAAUGUUACAUGUUACAGUAUGUAAUGAUGUAAUGAUAUUUCUCUAAGCAAUGUACAGCUGUGUGAAUUAUCUCCAAACUUUGUCACAACCCUACCCCCACUCCCAUCCUGUACAGAUAUUAUAUUUAUACUGACUCUCUCAUUAACUGUGCUAAAAAAGCAUCAAUGCAUAUAGCUAUGUUUUUACUGUGUGGAGAUACAAAAUAAAAUAAAUAAGUAAAUAAGUAACUUUCUGAUAUGUCACAUUUGGUUAUCGGUUGGGAAAUGAAUAAUACAUUGCUGUGUUCCAUGGAUGAUACAUACAAUGCCCUCCAAUAAUUUUCACACCCUUGGUAAAUAUGAGCAAAGAAGGCUGUGAAAAAUUAUCAUUAUUGUUUAACCUUUUGAUCUUUUGUUCAGAAAAAUUCACAACAAUACUCUGCUCUCAUGAAUAUCAAAUAAUUGCAAACACAACACAGGUUUACCCAUAAAAAUAUCUUUGUUAAAUAUAGGUGUGCAACAAUUAUUGGCACCCAUAUGAAUUCAUAUAUUUGAAGUAUAUUCCCACUGAUAUUUUACAUUUUUUAGUACACCUGGGUGACUAGUAACAGGAAAUUGUUCAACCAUGACUUCCUGUUUCACAGGGGUAUAAAUAUGCUGUAACAUAUAGGCCAAAUUCCCACAGUCAUUCAUAACAAUGGGUAAGACCAAGGAUUAUAGCUGUGAUGUGUUGCAAAAGGUUGUUGAGCUUCACAAAAUGCGAAGUGGCUAUAAGAAAAUAGCAAAAGAAAAUUAACAAUGCCCGUUUCCACCAUCAGGGCAAUAAUUAAGAAGUUCCAGUCAACUGGAAAAGUUAUGAAUCAACCUGGAAGAGGACAUGUGUCCAUAGUGUCUCAACGCACUGUGAAGAGGAUGGUUCAAGUGGCCAAAAAAUCUCCAAGAUUCACAGCUGGAGAAUUGCAGAAGUUAGUUGCAUCUUGGGGUCGGAAAAAAUUUCCAAAACUACAAUCUGAAGUUACCUACAUUACCACAAGUUGUUUGGAAGGGUUUUCAGAAAAAAGCCUCUACUCUCAUCCAAAAACUAUGUCAAGUGUCUUCAGUUUGCCAGACACUACUGGAAGGGUUCGAUAGUCAGAUGAAACCAAAAUAGAGCUUUUUGGCAAUAAACACCAGAGGUGGUUUUGGCACACACAGAGAGGUAGCCAUAUGGCUCUUUAAUGUUUUUGGGCUGUUUUUCUGCCAGAGGACCUGGACAUUUUUUUAGGAUACAUGGCAUCAUGGACUCUAUCAAAUAUCAACAGAUAUUAAAUGAAAACCUGACUACCUCUGCCAGAAAGCUUAAAGUUUGCCGUGGUUGGAUCUUCCAGCAGGACAAUGAUCCAAAACAUACAUACAAAAUCAACACAAAAAUGGCUUACUGACCACAAAAUUAAGGUCCUGCCAUGGCCAUUCCAGUCCCCUGACUUGAAACCUAUAGUAAACCUGUGGGGUGAGAACUGAAGAGGAGAGUCCACCAGAGUGAACCUCGAAAUGUGAAGGAUCUGGAGAGAUUCUGUAUGGAGGAAUGGUCUCAGAUUCCUCGCCAUGUAUUCUCCAACCUCAUCAGGCAUUAUAGGAGAAGACUCAGAGCUGUUAUCUUGGAAAAGGGAGGUAGCACAAAGUAUUGAAUAAGAGGGUGACAAUAACUGUUGCACACAAAGUUUUUUUUUUUUUUCUAAACCUGUGUUUUGUUUGCAAUUGUUUGAUAUCCAUGAGAGCAGAGUAUUUUUGUGAUUUUUUUUUAACAAAAGACCAAAGGUUAAACAAUAAAGAACAUUUUUCACAGACUUCUUUGCUCAUAUUUACCAAGGGUGCCAAUAUUAGUAGAGGGCACUGUAUAUAUUUUAUUAUUAAUUUACCUUUCAGUCCAAGAAAGUUUUAAUUAAAAUAAUGAAUGCUAAGAGAGAGAAUAUGGACCCCACCCACUUUUUCCCUCGUUUCUGACAUUCUUCUAAUUCAACCAGAAUGCCCUGCAGUGGGAUCAGAGGUGGGUGAACAGUGCAUCAUUUCUACAGCCAGAUGCCUGCACUGUUUGUCUACAAGUUGCUUGGUCAGAGAGAAGGGAGAGUCUUUAGCAUUCCAUACAUUCCACUGAAGUAGCACAACUGCACAGGACAGUCCAUAAAUAAACAUCCUGGACACUGAAAAGGGCCAUGAUCUUUAGUUGAGGGUAGGAUUGUAAAAGCUAAAAGCCCAAAGCAGUUUUCCUUACAAAGAGUGAGAUAUCUACUAACUACUGUAAUUAAGAGCUGUCACUGAAUUAAUGUUGAAACAUAAAUAUUACCACCAGACAAGUGUAAUUAACAUGUCUGGAAUUACUUGAUAUUAUUGUUUCUCCUCUUUUGUUGAUAAAUACAUUAAAAUGAAUUUCAGCUGCUUUCAUCUAUAUGAAAUAUAGAUAGAAUUACAGUUAUCAUAAUGGCAGUUGCUUGGCCCUAAAAUCUCAUGAAAGGUUUAUUUGUUUGUUGCUUGAGGUUAUUUCUUAAUAUCAUCCUUGCACUGUGACAAAACUAAAUAAGUAGACCUCAGCUGCCAUUCAUUUCUUUGGGUAAUGUAAUUAGGUAGUUUUGGUGCAGUCCAAAGUGUGCUGUGAAUGAGAACAGAAAUAGACUCUUCUUGCAACAUUCCAUCUAAUUGCUCCUGAUGUUUGAAAACUGAAGUCAUAUGUUAACCAUUACUUGUGUAUUUUCCGCAUUGCACUGAAUUCUAGUGAACAGAUGUGGCUUCAACUCCUUUAUUUAAAGAAGCCACAACAUGUGCCUAAACAAGGUGCAUAAUUAAUUUAUACUUUGCAUGCUUUUUUUUACUCCUGCCUCCACCCUGUGUGGAGUUAGCAUGUUCUCCCCAUGCUUUGGGGGUUUCCUCCCAGUACUCCAGUUUCUUCCCCCAGUCCAAAGAACUGCGUUGUAGGCUGAUUGGCAUCUCCAAAUUGUCUGCACUGUGUGAGGGUUUGUGUGAUGUGUCCUGUGAUGUGUUGGCACCCUGUCCAGGGUGUCCCCAAGCCUUGUACCCUGAGUCCCCUGGGAUAGACUCCAGGCUCACUGUGACCCGGUGUAGGAUAAGUGGUACAUAAAAUGGAUGGAUGGAUGCUUUAUACGACUUUGUAAGUUUACAAGUUUACAUUUACUAAGUCACACUAAGGAAUAUGCACAUUUUGAUAUUUAUGUCAAGAAAACACACACAUUGUAGGUAUGACUGAAACCUUGUUACAGAGGUAAUAACGUGCUUACAAUGACAUGGCAUUGGGCUAAUCACAGCUUUAGUCAGUUCUGAGUUAUACUCCAGAGCAUGUACUUGACAGAUCUAGGAUUUCAUUUAUGGUGGACAUUUUAGAUGUGAAUAAACAUACUGUUUUCAGAUUCAGGAAGAUUAUACAUACUUAGUGAGUACAAACCCAGCUUAAUCAACAGACCAUGUAUUAUAUAGUAUAUAUUUUUCACUAAAUACUCAUUAUUCUCCUCUUUCUUUGUUUUGCUUGAAAUGUUUUCCUUUUUGUGGAUGACUAUUAUGGCCUCAGUUCAGACUUAAAGCGGCUGGCAGCCAGUUUUAGUAAUAUAGGAACUGUAGCUCAUUGUGUAUGUAAAGCAUUUAUAUAAAGCAUCAUGUAUUUAUGUAUAUUUUGAGGGUGGCUACUGUGAGACGUAUAAAAAGAGAGCUGCAAAAAGAAAAAAGGCUUUAGAAAUGUUCAGAUUUAAAGCUAAAAAUGACAUGUCUGUUAUUUUAGUGGUGACCAUUAGCAAACAUGCACACAUCAACUGUUCAUAUUUAAGUCAGAUAUUAAACUGAUGGAUAGGUUGUUCUCAAUGUUGAAGUUGUGUGUUUUCCCGCCAAAAUUACUAUAUAUGUUCAUGGCAACCUCCCCUUGAACCUCAAUGUUCAAGAAAAUGCCCAUGUCCACGAUUUAUGCUAAUUGACAACCACAUUAAAAAAAUGCACUAGUUUUUGGUUGUUGUUGUUGUUGUUGUUUUCAUUUUAAAGUUUAAAGUUCAUUUGAUUCAAUACUCAUGAACACAUGCAAGAAAUCAGUUUACCCAUAGACUUUGGAGAUUUCUUUCUGUCUUCAAUCCCUUCAUGACUAUGAGACACUGAAAGAUAAUGGUUUGAGGUUUAAAUGUGCAGCAGUCUGGCAACUGUUAUUUGCCAUGUAACAUUCACACAGCAAAGUAGAAACACCUAAACAUUGAAGUUGGACCUCUCUUUUUCCAUGCCUUAUUACUGUCUACACUGUGCGGUCAGGAGGUGUGGACAUGCUAGACAGUGGAAGAAGGUUUAUUUGUGCUCUCUUUAAUACAAAUCUCCUCCAGAUUUGUAUUAAAGCACAAGUGAAUAGUAAAAAAAAAACUCCUACGAAAGAUUUAUUUUUCUUCAAGACCUGUCUUUCUGUCCAGAGUAAGUGCUGUGUUUUAUAGUGACUGGAUUAGUCAUGCAGAACAGAUCCCAGUGAUGAGUGGAAAAUAGAGUAUAUUCACCUUAGAAUGAAACUGGUGAAAUGUAAUUUAUUUUUGUUUCUGCUGUAUUAUAUGUAAAAAGGGAGUCAAACUCUGUCUUCCUUUUUGUAGGGCACUCGUGGGGUCAUAUGACUAUUGUGUUUUUAAUGUAUUACAAAUACAUAUUUUCUUUAAACAUGUGUCAUUAAACAAUGUUCACUUUUGUUUCACAACUGUGACAAUAAAUGCAUUCAUUCAUACCACAGGUUUUUUUUUUUACUAUAGCACAUAAUCUUAUCAUUUUGUAUUUUGCUGCACUGGAUAAUCCAUCAUUAUAUAUACUCAUAUACACCAAAUUAAUUUCUGAAGGUUUUACACACACAAUUGAUCUAUUUUAACAAGCGUUUUAUCUACUAUAUUGGAAUGUUAUUUAUGGGUAAUCAGAAUAAACACAGGUAUGCAGUUUAUCCACAGUCUAACUGUCUUGAAUCACAUUUUUUAAGUGAACUGUGCUGGGACAACCUGGACUGUCCCAAUCUUUUAUGUUACAUGGGCAUGGCCAUACUAUAUUUGUGCAUUAUGAAAAUUAAAGGUGAUAUUUAAUACAAGAAACUGUUGUGUAUCACAGUGCAAUUCAAUAUUAUUUGCAAACUCAUAUGGGCCAAGUGGAAUGAGGUAGCAGGCUGUA